AUGAACAAAGCCAAAAAGAUAGAAAGUCACAGUAAACUUUUGCUCGCAUUGGAUGAGACUAAUGAUAUAAUUGUAGAAAAUCAAAGAGGAAUAAAAUUAUUAGGUAUACCUUUCUUUUCCUCUAGUCUUUUAUUACCUGGUGUAGAUCCACCAAACUAUCAAUUGAUAAUUUCAGUUGAGAAUAAAAAAAAUAGAGUUACUACAAAAUAUAAACAAAUUAUUGCAAUGCCUUAUCAUGGACCACAUAAUUCAAAGAAUAUUACAAAUAUAUUUGAUGAAAUAUAUCCAUUACCAUGGAUACCAAAGGAAAAAUAUAUAUUUGUGGAAAAUAAUGACCAACCUACCUACGUUUUUAUGCCUGAAGAAAACCAAAAACAAGGAAAAUGGUAUGUUAGAUUGAACCAUAACCCAACUGAAAAAGAUUCGUUAUUAAAUUUUUGUGAUGGGCAAGGUUGGAUUUACAGUUGGAGAUUUAGAAAUAAGCACUGGAAAGACUGUAAUGGUUUCGUUAGAAGACGUAUUUGGGUGUAUAUCAAAGACACAGAUACAAGCACAAAAAAAUAA